AUGACCAAGCUUACCAUCCUUGCAGGAUUAUGCCUGGUGCUCUGCCAGCUGGCAACUGCCGACCAUGAGAUGAUAUGCUAUUUCACCAACUGGUCCCAGUACAGACCUGGAGAGGGCAAGUUCCUGCCACAGAAUGUGGACCCCUUCAUCUGUACCACCCUGAUCUAUGCCUUCUCCAUCCUCAACCAUAACAAUGAGCUGACUACCUAUGAAUGGAAUGAUGAUGUCCUGUACAAGUCUUUCAAUAGCCUGAAAAACAAGAAUCCUCAUCUGAAGACUCUGCUGGCUGUUGGUGGAUGGAACUUCGGUUCAAGACAGUUCUCCAUCAUGGUGUCCACUCCAGCCAACCGCCAGAGGUUCAUCCAGUCUUCUAUCAAAUUCCUGAGGACUCAUGGAUUUGAUGGUCUGGAUCUGGACUGGGAGUACCCUGGAGCUCGUGGAAGUCCCCCAGAGGACAAACCGAGGUUCACUCUGCUCUGCAGGGAACUUGUUGCUGCCUAUGCAGCUGAAGCUAAGGAGACCGGCAAGCCUCAGCUCAUGCUGACUGCUGCAGUGGCUGCUGGAAAGGGAACCAUCGAUGGCGCAUAUGAAAUUGCUGAGAUUGCCAAAGAACUGGACUUCAUCAAUGUGAUGACAUAUGAUUUUCAUGGAACUUGGGAGCAGUUCACUGGACACAACAGCCCUCUGUACCGCGGCUCUGAGGACUCCGGUGAUCUCAUCUACUUUAACACCGACUUUGCCAUGAAGUAUUGGAGAGACCAGGGUACCCCACUGGAGAAGCUGAGGAUGGGUUUUGCUACCUAUGGUCGUACUUUCCGUAUGACAUCAUCAGAGACUGGUGUUGGAGCCCCAGCUAACGGCCCUGCAGCGGCUGGAUCAUACACACGUGAAGCUGGCUUCUGGGCCUACUAUGAGAUCUGUGGCUUCCUGAAGGGCACCACCAUCAACUGGAUUGAAGACCAGAAAGUUCCAUAUGCCUUUAAGAACAAUGAGUGGGUGGGAUUUGAUAACAAGGAGAGCUAUGAGACCAAGGUGCGAUACCUGAAGGAACAGAAGUUUGGCGGUGCCUUUGUGUGGGCCCUCGAUUUGGAUGACUUUGCUGGACGAUUCUGUGGAGAGGGACCACACCCUCUGAUGUAUCAUCUCAACAAACUUCUUAAUAUCGUGCUGCCCCCACUGCCUCCUACCACCACCCCCAAACCUGGUGCUAGCACCACCAAACCAACCACCACUACCACCACCACCACCCAUGCUCCAGGGCCCGGAUUCUGUAAUGGCAAACCUGACGGUCUGUACACCAACCCAGACGACAAGUCCACCUUCUACAUGUGCGCUGCUGGUGUCACCCAUGUGAGGCCAUGUGGAACUGGAUCUGUCUUUGAUGAUAGCUGCAAAUGCUGCGUCUGGCCAUGA